AAAGUGGUGAGAACCAAAGACAGUGUGUGACCAGACAUGUGGUCCAGAGAGAGGAUAGUGAAAUCAGGAGCAAUGAAGCUGCUACCAGAAAAUAUCAAAGUGCUUUACUUUGCCAAUGACGACCUGGAGCCUUACGUGGAGAUUAUCAAAGUUCAGGACUCCAAACGCCGCAUGAGCAUGUGCAGCUCCGAGGAGUCAGAAGCCGAGGAGGCAGAUUACCACGAACAGGGUGAUGACAGUCUGCCCAACUUGUCCGACCACAGUCACCUCUUAGACGACCAGCACAUAGAGAGGCUCUGCGCUCACAUGCCGCCAAGGACACAAGGUUACCCGUGGCAACUGGUCUACAGCACGGCCAUCCACGGAAGCAGCCUGAAGACGCUGUACAGGAACAUGGCGGGUCUGGAGAGCCCCGUGCUGCUGGUCGUCAAGGACAUGCAGAAAAAGGUGUUUGGCGCUUUUUCAUCAGACCCAUUCAAAGUCAGUAAAUACUGCUACGGCACAGGAGAAACCUUCCUGUUCAGCUUCGACCCUGAGCUUAAGACUUACAGAUGGAGUGGUCAGAACUCCUACUUUGUGAGCGGGAACUGGGAAUCUCUGCAGAUUGGUGGAGGAGGGAGUGGAUUUGCCCUGUGGCUGGAUGCUGAUCUGUACCACGGAGCAAGCUUUUCCUGUCCUACCUUCCAGAACGCGCCUCUCUCCACACAUGAGGACUUUCUUGUGCAAGACCUGGAGGUGUGGACCAUGACAAAUUGAAGGGACACAUCUGAAAAGGCAAUUUGAAAGCAAAGUAAAAGUCACUGUCCUUGUUUUGAGUGACAGUACUUAAAAAACUGGUCAGGUUUAGCCGCUAUGAAGCAAGUCCUGCUCAAACAGUAGCUAAUCACUGUGCACCUGGCUCAGAUGGUCCCAGGCGCAGCGUGGAGCGUGGGCUUCCUGUGUGGCCGAUCAAUGCCUGUUAAGCAGUGGCUUGAUGGCACCCUGUGAUUCAGGGCCCUGUUACUACUGGCUAAUCAGCAGGAGCGCCGUGUUAAAUCCAGUCCGCUGCUGGUAUCUGAAGCUUUAAGCCGUCCGUGGCCUCUUUCGAUUCUGGAGAGUAUUAUAACACAAAGUUCACAAAAAGAGAUUAAAUGUGUGCUGCAGUUGUUAGCCUGUUUACUGUUUCACAGAUUUGUCUUUUUUUUCCUUUGUAUGUGGAACAACCAUAUAUGUAGUGCUAUUUAUAAAGAAUGGUUGUUAUUUACUUGCAGUUAAAAGUGUGUAUAUGAUCUCAGGAUAAAUUAUUCAAUGGAAAAAUAACGAAACACUAUAAGGUGAUGAGAUUGAGAAGUGUGUAUCUGUAUGCUGAUGUGAGGUUUGCUAUGAAAUUUGUUUUGAAAUGAUUUAGAAAUUUGUUUGUGCAAGUGAGGAGCAAGCCAGAAAGUGAAAAUUGCACUAUAAACAGCUCCUGCUGAGUGAAGCGUGCUGUUUAUUGGAGGAACAAAUUCCAUCGGUUAACUGUCACUUCCUUGUGUUUUUUAUGAGUGAGACACGUGCGUGCCGUUUGAGAGUGGACAAUACUCUGAGGAAACAUAUCUGAUUUUUUUUUUACAUCUCUUUUAUACUGUUAUUCUAUUUAAUGUUUGUGUUUUAUAAGAAAAUGAUAAAAGUAAAACUCAUGAAAAAAAAACACUGAGCUGACUAGGUAGUGCUGGCACUGCCACUGUUUUUUGUACACCUGCAUCAAAGUUUUUAAAUAAAUAUUUCAU